GGAGAGGACCAAAGACGGCCUCCACUACGGGACAUUCCUUGGGCCAAACUAGUGGCGCUCGCUGUUUCCCGGGGCUGGGCAGGGCAAAAGGAGCCCCUCAGCAUGCCCCGCUUCGCCCAGCUGGUGAUGGGGCCGGCGGGGAGCGGGAAGAGCACUUACUGCCACACCAUGGUCCAGCACUGUGAAGCACUGAAGCGCUCCGUUCAAGUAGUUAACCUGGAUCCUGCCGCAGAACAUUUUGACUACAAUGUCAUGGCAGACAUCCGAGAAUUAAUAGAAGUGGAUGAUGUCAUGGAAGAUGAUUCUCUGAGGUUUGGCCCCAACGGUGGCUUGGUUUUCUGCAUGGAAUACUUUGCAAAUAACUUUGACUGGCUGGAAGAAUGUCUCGGCCACGUGGAAGACGACUACAUACUUUUUGAUUGCCCAGGUCAGAUCGAGCUGUACACCCAUUUGCCAGUGAUGAAGCAGCUGGUGGAACAGCUUCAACAGUGGGAAUUCCGCGUCUGUGGAGUUUUUCUUGUCGAUUCUCAGUUUAUGGUGGAAUCCUUUAAGUUUAUCUCCGGCGUUAUGGCGGCCCUCAGUGCGAUGGUGUCUUUGGAGGCUCCCCAAGUCAACAUCAUGACCAAGAUGGACUUGCUGAGCAAGAAAGCAAAAGCGGAAAUGGAAAAGUAUCUAGACCCGGAUAUGUAUUCUAUGCUGGAAGAUUCGACCGGUUUGUUCCAAAGCAAAAAGUUCAAGAAGCUGACAAAGGCCAUCUGUGGACUGAUCGACGACUACAGCAUGGUCCGUUUCCUGCCGUUCGAUCGCUCCGAUGAGGAAAGCGUCAACAUCGUCCUGCAGCACAUAGACUUCGCUAUUCAGUACGGAGAGGACCUCGAGUUUAAAGAGCCAAAGGAAACAGAGGAAGAGAAGCCUUCUGCUUAUGACGAAUUCUUCCAAGACAGAGCGGAUGAAUGAAGAUUACCAACUGAUUUGGACAAGACGGUCUUCAUGUUUCCUGCAUCUUGGAUUUUGAAACAGACCUCGGAACUGUACUGGGGGCUUUUCCCCAGGAAGCUCUUCAUGUAUAUAAGUGUACAGUGGCAGCUCCACACGAGAUUUUCUCAUGUUUAAAGGGGGCUAAAUAAAUUAUUUGCAUCAUUUCGGGUUGUUUGCUGCCUUAAGAAAAGAAGGACUU